CCUAGGUACCAUCAACAUCCAUCUACAUAUGUACAUAAAUAUUACAGGAACGGCAGUGCAAAGAAUCUACACAUGAAAUCUCCAAACUACUAGGCAGUAGAGUACCUCUUAGUCCUAACCAUGGAGACUGAUCACAUCGACAAGCUGCUGGAGCGAUACCUGCAUCUCCUCCACCAGUACACAGCCCUAAGAGGCCAGCUCAGCAACUUGCAGACGGGCAUGUAUCAGAACAUCGCCCGCGCCAACUUCGCCGCCGAGCGAGGAAUGCGCUUUGGUCAGGACCACUACGAUGAGCGUAUGCAGGCUACCCGGAGAAUAACGGUAGAACCUACGAGUAGUGAUGACGGUGGCAGUAGUGGUGGUGGUGGUGACCAGAAAACCGUCACCAGUGGAUUAUUCACCUUCACCGUAAAAAAGGGGGCGGCGGAGGAUCCGGAAGCCAGAUCCCCCGAGGACCCGCCAACACACGCCACGCAGCCUUCCGACACGGAGAAAGCUGCUGGGAAUGAUAACGCCAUCCCGGGAUUUUCCGGUAAAGAAGGAUUAGGCAAGCAAGCCGGCCCUUCUUCUUCUUCUUCUCUUCCUCGAGAUACCAAAGAAAAGAAGCAGCAGAAACAAAAACAGAAACAGAAAGACCCGAUCCGCUGGUUCGGCCUCCUAACCCCUCUCGCGCUCCGCCAGGCCCAAGCGCAGAGCAUCGAGGCCGUCGAGACGGUGAUCCCGGCUCUGGUCGCUGUCGGCGCAGAGAUGGCGCAGGUCGAGAUCGAGGUCCGCAGGGCGCGUAAGCGGCGCGCCAAGGCCGAGGCUACUGCUGCUAGACAGGAGCAGGAACAGGAAUUGGUGCAGGAGCAAAAGCAGGAGGUCGCUGUAUGAUCUCGGUCACGCUAUUUUAGGAGAAAAGGGGGGGUGGCAGUUAGGUAGGCCCGUGUAUUUAUAGCACACAGGAUUCCUUAGCCCCAUCUCUCAGCCCCGUCCCUAUUCUGAUUCCGAUCAAGAGUGGCAUAAAUACCGAUGUAUAGGUAUAUAUAGGCAUCUUCAGCUAUAUAUAUUUUACCUACCUAUAUACAUGCAUGCCUAUCUACCUACAUGCAGCCAAAUACCUACAUGGCUAGAGGGGAGACUUUGCAAGCGUAGAUAAUAGCCUUAUCUACAACAAACCGCCCACGAUCUACAGCAUCGUGUCACGAUGGCGUACCAUGUCCCACUUGGAUUUUACAAUAUACUCCACGAAGACUCGCAGUCC